CUAGGUUCUUUUCAGUGCGACAUACUACAUGUAGGCCGUUUACUGCUCUCUCUGGAGCUCUGUGAGGGGAUGAUGCUGUGGAGGCUUGCCUGCAGCCUCCGCGCUCUUCCCAAUAGAGAAUCAUUUUCUCCUAUAGAGAAGUGGCUGUACAUAGUCGUGUUUGAUUGACAGUAAUGCAUACAAACAAUUGUGAACUGUAUUACGCUGACCGUCUUAUCGGUCCGCGUCGUUCACGUUAAGACACUGACGAACUCGGAGCACGCAGCGUAGAGCUGUUUCGCGCAGAGGUUCAGGAGUACCCGUAGUAGGAAUAGUAGUAGCAGCAGCAGCAGCGGCGUGCGAUCUAAACAAAAAUUGCAAGCUCUGCCCAGUUACCUAGUGAAUAUCGAAUGCUGCCAGCCAGCUGGUGAGUGACUUCCGCGACUUAACGAGUAGUAAACAAAAUGUCUUCGAAAUUCUGCGCCCACUAACUCAAUCACCUCGUUCGAUGUCGUCUGUUAUCAGUGUUUUCGCGCUAACUGAGCUACAUCCAGCAGUACGUAACGGAUAUUUGAAUGAAUCCUAGAGGAAAAGUGUGGAUAAUGUGCUUUGUGUCACUUGUAGUUAUACCACACACCUGUAAUUCUCCUUCUACUCGUUAUCACCUACGUGAACCGAAGGACGAUUUCCGUUAGCAUUUGUCAUGUGGGGGCUGGAGUUGCCCGUCAUGGCGAAUACCGCAAGCAGCAAGAAAAAUAUCGCGUGCGCGAGAUUAGUAUGAUUAUGAACAUGUGAAAACGGAUGUAACGAGCACAAACGGAUUCAGUCAACCACCGGGAUCGACAUCGGCAGGGAUCAGAGCAACUUAAGAUUGGAAUUGUCGUUCGAUAGGAGCACACGUAUCGCCGGUCGCUUAACAGUCCAUGAACUUGUGAUUAUAUACCAUUGAUUAGGUGGAAGCCGAUUUGAUUGAAUGCACUGGAAUCGGAUCGGGCUCCAUCCAGAACUUGCGACGAUUGCUGUUAGCCACCUGCUUUCCUGGCGGCAUUUCUGAGCAACCGAACGAGAAAUGGAGAAGCGAAAUGUCUCUAGGGAAAGUUCCUUGUUGAAUAAGGUAACGCACCGUACGGUACCGACAAGUGCUUGUUCGGUGGAUGAGCGAGAUGCCACUCUUUGGAAAAUCGAUUAAAAACCCCGUUGAGGUGGUGAAGAGCUUGCGGGAAGCGGUUAAUGCCCUUGAAAAGGUCGACAAAAAAGCUGAAAAGGAGCAGCUACCGAACACGCUGAUGAAAGCUUUAAAGGCGCAAGAAGAUGUCUCAAAGAACCUUUGUCUUAUGCGGACAUUUCUGUAUAGUACUGCUGGUGAAAUGGGCAAUAACGACGCGCAACCGGAUCCCCAGAUGUCGAAAUUAGCUCAGGAAGUGUAUAGCUCGCAUCUGCUAUUACUACUCGUUCAGAAUCUAUCGAAAAUUGACUUCGAGGGACGCAAGGAUGUCGUGUACAUAUUUACCCAGAUUCUCCGCCAUCGAUCGGGCGAGAGAUAUCCGACUGUCGAGCAUAUUUACCUCAAGCCGGCAAUACUGUUUCUGUUGCUGAGUGGCUACGAAAGGCCGGACAUCGCACUUAGCUGUGGACAGACGUUCAGGGAGUGUACAAGGCAUGAGAGCCUCGCCAAGAUUGUGCUUUACUCGGAUGACCUCUACAACUUGUUCAAGUACGUCGAAGCUUCGUCCGCCGAUAUCGCCGCGGAUGCGUUUGCGUCGUUUAAAGAACUUCUAACGAGACACAAAUCUACUGUAGCAGAGUUCCUAGAGGCCAAUUAUGAUAGGGUUUUCACACACUACCGAGCGCUAUUGAAUAGCGAGAAUUUUGUGACGCGGCGUUUGGCUCUUAAGUUACUGGGUGAACUUCUACUUGACCGGCACAACUUUAACGUAAUGACGAGAUAUAUCUCAAAUUCAGAGAAUCUGAAACUUACUAUGAACAUGCUGAAAGAUAAAUCCCGAAACAUUCGACUUGAGGCUUUCCAUGUGUUCAAGAUCUUCGUGGCUAAUCCCCACAAGCCGAAGCCAAUCCUCGAUAUACUUUUGCGCAACCGCGAGAAGCUCGUCGAGUUCCUAUCAAAGUUCCAAUUAGCGAAUGAAGUUGACUCCAAUUUAGCCGAGCAGUUUAACGAUGAAAAGGCGUAUGUCAUCAAACAGAUUCGUGAACUCAAGUCGAUACCACUUCCAGUAAGUGGAGCUGGUGGCGGUGGCGGCGGCGGCCUCAAUCAGGGGCCGCCCCUUCCGCCACCAAACCCUGCGGUCGAUCAAAAUGGCUGAACUCGCAUCCGAAAAUGUUUCCCCAGCCCGCGGCAACUGAACGCUUGCCACAGCAGCUUAAUAAUGGCUCUGAUGAUAACAAAUGUCAAAUGUGAUCGUAUGCUGCUAUGUAAGUGUGAAGAAAAAGAUACGUGUAGGCGAAGUUGGAGAGAACACAGGACUUCAUCUAUAUCAAGGGUAAUCCAGUGCUAAAAUACUGGCGUGAAACGCUGCAAAAUGUGUGGAUGAUCCCCGUAUACAAUAUAUAUAUGAUUUAGAUACACACACGUAUUUACAUACAUACGUGAGCAUGACCGUCAACAGUCACAAGCUUGUUUACAGAACCGAAUCAUUUCAACAGAACACAUUAUAGUAACUAUUAGAAGUUAAUGGCUUUCGGGAAUACCGGUGAGAUCAACUACGACCGUUUGAAAUGCUAUAUACAGAUGCACACACAAAAUGGCACGUCUAAAUUGUUUCUUCGACCCUGUUUAUAAAGUUGUAUCGAAACACACGGAGAUAUUUUAACGAAAUAUCUUGUAUGCGUCGCAUAGUUUAAUUUCUGACAAUAGUGUGUAUUUAAUAUAACCGGCAGUAAUUUCGUCCAAGACCCAAACAGUUAAAUAGCCAUCUAUAUAAUAUUCCUUUUUUCUUCGAAUAUACAAUGUGCUCAUAAUAACUAUCCGUCGAGCGAGAUUGGCUGGUGUAUUAUCGAAAGGCGCUACAUAAAAAAUACAACGAAAUUAAAUUUUGCAGUAACAAAGGGCUCAAAAGGGCCAAAAGUGCGCAAACUCAAAAAAUACACUCGACAUUUAAUGUAGUCCUUUCUAAGAUGGUCUUUAGUUUCUCUAUCAGAAACCUAGGUAUAUCGAAAUCUUUUUUAAAUAAUUUUAUUAAAUUUUCUCCUUGAAUCUAAAUUCUAUUGAGGAUCUUUCGGUUCGCCUCAAAAAGAUUGCUCCCAGAUUCUCCUGAGGUCUCAUAAACUGAUGAUAAGGUAAAUCAUAAUUUUUGAAGAAAAAUAAAGAUCUGGUGAGUAUUUGUAUCGCUUUAAGAGGAGUGUGUAACAGCUGGUUUUCGUUCAGAUUUUGAAAUCGACCGCUGUUCACUGUGACAAGUUUGUCACCUUAACCUAAAAAUAACUGGCUUUUAUCCUGUACAAAAAGCAACAAAUAACAUUAUAACAAAACAAUUCGAAAAAGUUCCCUAACUUAAACACACCGUAUACUAUGAUGAUAAUGAUAUUUUGAUUUUACUUUACGCAUGCGUACAGCCUUCUACUCGUACAAUGGGUAUCGUAUCGUCUGUGGACGACAUAAUCCAUCGACCCAUAGGUGAGUGAAGUUUUUCUAUUAUUAUUAUAAAAACAAUACAAAAGCAUAUAAAAAGGCUGUGCUUAAAUAAUUGUUAAGCACAUAAUUAAGUAUGUGAGCACUACUUUAAUCGCGUACACAACGCCGGUGAAAUAGGAAAAACGAAGAUGCAGGACCUUUGUAUACGUAAAUUGACUCGGUAAAAACUAGAGGCGAAUAAGUAGACGACGAAGAAAAGGGACGACUUGGGAAAAAAGGAUCAGCUCAUAAAACAAAAAAAAAGGCAGAAUGAAUAUCCAUACGGUACAGAUGAAAAGAAAACAUAAAGAAGAUGGAAAUGAAGAGUCACCGCAUAAUGUUGCCAUAUUGACCUUAGGACCUACUACGUAUCUUAUUACCUAAACGCUGUGUACAGCGGUGCACGUUCCUGUGCAUAUCCCUAUGGGUGAACGUAAAGAGGCAGCGUAUAACACAGUAAAACGACGAUAGUAAUAAUAAUCACAAUUAUAUAUUGCAAAAUACGGUCCUCGUGGCGUCGGUGAUGUCAAGUUUGUCGCCAGCGCCACGAGUCACAUCACAAUGCCUUAUUCAACUCUGUUGUGCUGUCCCAGGGCCGACGCAACAAAAUGCAAUGGCGCGAAAAACGGGUCACGUACAGAGCGAGAGGGAUAAAAAUAGGAGGGAAAGUAGUAGAUGGGAGUUCGUCAUCUCAAGAGGAAUCAUGUCGCAAGCCCAUAAAAAGGCGACUGCAACCAUGUUAACCAGAUUCGACUGAUUUUGGCUGUCUGAUCUUCCAGUAAACGAUUCUCCGAUCUAUGAUCCGCGUUAAACAGAAAUGUGCCACCUUAUCUAUCUGUACAAAAUACAAAUGUAAGAAAAGUAUAGUCGCCUAUACAGUGCUUAUUUUACUAUACUUAUGAUAGGGAACUGUUCUAUAUGAAAACACAUAAUGAAUAAAGCAGUGAUAGGCUAGAGAAAGAUAAGCACUCUAAUGGUGGCAACGAUAAAAUCUACUACAUACUAGUUAUCAUUAGUUGUUAUCCAUUACUAUUUCUCACUUCAGUUACAUUUUGACCUACUACAUAUUGUACAUGUCCUAACGGUCCAAGCUAACGUGAAUUCUGUGAAAUCCAACUGGCAAUUGCCAGACUUGCUUCGGAUUAAUGAUGUCCUGCUGAGAUCCUUCUUACUCUUAGCCGACAGAUUAGAGGACAUUCAGUCGCGGUAAAUAGGACAUAAGUUUAUAUAUAUAUAUAUACUUCGAUAGAGGCAAGCUAAAUGAGAUAAUCCACAGGUGUAUAUUGUUUUCUGAUUCGAAUAGGCUCGCCCUAUCGUAGGAACUGACCCACUCGAAACGAGAUUUUUGUCACAGCACAAAAGUAAACAGAUCGCAACCUUUUCAUGAUCGAUAAAUAUGAUUAUCAUACAAAUAUCAAUAUGUAAAAUAUACAUGUAUCAAACUAUAACGAGGUCGUAUACACAUAUAAUUAUUACUGCGCAAAAUGAGAAGUGCUCGAUUUUCCUCUCUGCCCGUUAAUGUAGUCCAAAUACGCAACAAUGUAUUGUCAGAGAUUAUCCUUUAAGAUUACUAACUAUUAUAUUGGUUUAGACGUAAGGCUAUUUGAAGAACAGGUGGUUUAGGCUUCAUCUUGCGGUGAGUUUUGUGGUAAUUCACGAGCUAAACCUUAAGCAAUCUGGGUCACGUCAGACGCUGCAGCAGCCCAGCCCAGCCCAGCCUUAGCUUUAGGGGUGCCUCCGAAAAUAAGGGCACACGAUCGUAGAUGUCGACGACGGUCUAACCUUAUUACUGCAUCACGUGCUUCCAAGCUGGUAAACAGCAAUUCAUGACAGAGUUCCCACAUGUCGCAAUAGUAGAUAUAUACACAAAGCAAUAACUAAUAAGGUAAUUCCUCAUAAACUGUAACUGUAUUCUAAUUAGCACAUCCGUCCACGAGAGAUUAAUUUCGCGACUGUUCGUUGCCUAUGAAAAAGCUGGGCCUUGUAACACGGUCAUUUCAAGUUAAGGUCAUAUGUCGCCUAUCUAACGUGUACGUUAUGUUUUCAACUAUUUUGUAAACACAACAAUAAAAGCUGAAUACUGUACAUGAACAGGUUAAUUACUUUUAAUAACGAAAGCACAGAAUAUUUUAAAUUGAAGAAAGUUUAAUGAUGUGGUACCGGUAACGUAGAAUAUAUUUUGACUACCGAUCACAGUAAAGCAGACGACCCUACAAAAACGAUCUGUGAACAGCUUUAUGCGAAUGUGGGCAUUUCAAUAUAAUUGCCGGUCCGCUAAUAUGCAAACCUUAGCCGCAUUUGGGACUUAAAACGGCAACAGUCACGAGACCCGAACGAACUAUCAUCGCACAGGCACAAAGCUACUGAUAUUUUAAUCAAAGUUGACACAUGAUUGAGGUAUAUUUUAUUAAUUGAUAAUUUGAUAUCAACAGGCGUUAGAUUUUUGAACAUCGUGCGACAUUGAAAGACAGCAUGGUUCUAGAAAACGUAGCCAACGUAGGAAACGUAGAAAAAGCCAGCUAACUAAAGUAAGUUGUAGAUAGUAAUACUAAGUUUUACACUAUCUAGGUCUUAGUUUAUGCAACGUUAGACACUGUUCUGAAUCUUACGGAAUUUUGUUAUUUAUUGGAAAAAGCUGUAUAGCUAUGUACCUCUACAUACCUACAGCUAAGUAUGAAAUA